AUGGCUUCUCAGAAAUUUAUAUUCUUUUCGGACCAGGUGGUCACCCUUUGUGCCAAUUUUUCCGACAUGCCAAUUGAGGACCAUUCAUUCUCAGGUCUCCAAGUCGAGCUUGAUGAUUUGGAACGUCGGUGGCGCCAACUGGUCCAGAUAUAUGAGACCGAGAUGACAUCCGAAGACCCGGGUUGUACCCAGGCAGUACGUUCAUCAAUCCAUGCAAAGUUUUCAGAAUCUUGUAAAUCUUACAAGAACUGUAAAGCAUCUAUUCUUGAUCUUAUGCAUAUUGAAAGACAAAAGCUUGAGAAGACUACUUCAAAGGAUGAGCCCAGCAUGAAAGUGACAGAGGAAGGUGGUUACGCUUUAAAAGUCCCUCCAUGUGAUACUGAAUUUUUCAGUGGAGGUUAUGAUAAAUGGCCCAGCUUUAGGGACAUGUUUACGGCCAUCUACACGAAACAUCCUAAGCUAUCUCCAGCCCAAAGACUGUUUCACCUAAGGGCUAAAACACGAGGUGAAGCGAACCAGAUUGUAAAACAGUUCGCUCUCACUGAUGAUAACUUCAAUUUAGCCUGGGAGGCUCUGCGUCAGAGGUAUGAGAAUCGCCGCAUUCUCAUAAACCAUCAACUGAGAAAGAUAUUUGAGAUUGACCCUGUCACGUCGGAAAAGGGGAAAGGAUUAAGGAAUCUCCUGUACAUAGUAAAUAACUGUCUCGCGGUCUUAAGGACAUACAAUAUUUCUAUAAUAACGUGGGAUCCUUUCCUGGUUUAUUGGGUCUCUUCCAAACUGCCGGAGGAAACCCUUACAGCUUGGGAAAACUCGAUCCAUGAUCAUAGACAGAUGCCAAGUUGGUCCCAGUUAGACGAUUUCAUAUCAAAGCGCUUGAGUAUGCUGGAAUCAAUUUCAGACAUGAGGAGGCCUUCAAGGGAUUCUUCAUCGUCUAACAAGGCCCAAAAUUUCCAUACUAAAUCUGAUUCAUACUUCCGUCCCUGUAAGGUCUGUCGUCUGAAUCACACUUUGCGACAAUGUACUAAAUUUAAAUCAUGGCCACUCAAGGAGAAACUGAAAUUCGUAACUGAUAAUAAGAUAUGCCGAAAUUGUCUCUCUUACGGACACUUUGACCAGAAAUGUCAAAGUGAACAUGUAUGCCAGAAAUGCCAACAGAAACAUCACACAAUGCUGCACCCGGAGUCGUGUAAUUCUGGAAACCAUGAUGACAAUCUUAGACCCUCAAAGCCUGGAACUGUGAAUAAUCAACGGGAAUCUCAUUAUCAGACUGAGACCUAUCAUCUUGAAGCCGACUAUGAAGAAGAGCCUUCUACGUCUGCUGCCGCAAAUUCCACAACAUGUCCAACUUCCAAUGUCCAAUUAUACUUUUCAGAUUCAGGAGAGUCAACUGUCUUGCCCACGGCAUUAGUUGACAUUGAGCACUUGGGUAUAUUGUUUACCAUUCGGGUCUUCAUAGAUCAGGGAUCUCAGGAGUCGUUUAUAUCUAACAGAAUAAUAAACAGACUGUCUAUACCAACGAAGAAAUCCUUCACGAGGAUUUCCGGCCUAGGGGGAGCUGUUCUCGAAAACUCCUCCAAAGUUUGUGUCAUUACUUUGAAGUCUCGUAGGUCGGACUAUAGGCUUCAAGCUUCGGCCAUAGUUGUUUCGAGCCUUAAUCAAUUGAUGCCUGGAAUUCCCACUCAAAUUUCGGACUGGUCAAGCUUGAAUUGCCUUGAAUUGGCAGAUCCGAACUUUUCCAAACCGGGGCAGAUAGAUAUGCUCUUGGGAAGCGACGUAUUACCUUCAAUUAUUCGAUCUGGUAUCCGAAAAAACGUUUCUGGUGGACUCUUGGCUCAGGAGACGGAAUUCGGCUGGCUAAUCAGCGGACCGCCAACAACUCGCACUGUUACUACUUUGGCUUCGUGGGUGACGUCUAAUGACUCACUUAAUGAGGAUAUUCGAAAGUUUUGGGAGUUGGAGGAAGUUCCUGUUGCAAGAAGUGUGUCAGAAGACGAUGCUUGGUGUGAGGAAUAUUACAAAAAGACCACAAGUCGUUUGGCGGAUGGGAAGUACGUAGUCAGGUUGCCCUUUCGACAGAAUCUUGACGCUGAAAUGUUUCUAGGAUCUUCACGGCGUGCUGCUAUGGGACAGUAUCUCAGAAUGGAAAAAACAUUGAAAAGUUCUCCUGAACUAGCUUCGGAAUACACAAGAGUUUUAGAGGAGUACCUAAAACUAGGCCAUAUGGACCCCGCACCAUCAACUGAAAUCUACCAAAACAAUCAGUAUUGUUCGUUUUAUUUGCCACAUCAUGCGGUGGUUAGGCCGGAAAGUGCAUCUACUAAAGUAAGAGUGGUUUUUAAUGCCUCAAAGAAAACAUCUACCGGAGUUUCCCUUAAUGAUAUCUUACACACUGGUCCAACGCUUCAAAAUGACCUGAUGAACGUGAUCCUUCGCUGGCGAUUUUUUAAAUAUGUAUUCAAUGGUGAUAUUGAAAAGAUGUAUCGCCAAAUUCACGUUCAUAUGGAGGAUAGACCAUUUCAAAAAAUACUGUUUCGGAACUCUCAAACUGAGGGAGUUCAGGAUUUUUGUUUAAACACUGUGACCUUUGGUGUAAACUGUGCACCUUACUUAGCGAUUCGAACACUGUUACAACUGAGUGACGAUGGGAAAUCUACACACCCAACAGCUGCGUCAAUUCUUCAAAGUCAAAUCUAUGUUGAUGACAUACUUUCUGGGGGUCAUACUUUAAUCGAGGCACGGUCAUAUAUAUUGGAACUUAUUGAUUUGUUACAAUCCGCUGGAUUUCCGUUAAAGAAAUUGACGGCAAAUCACCCCACAAUUCUCCGAGACUUGCCCCCGGAGGAUCUUCUAACUGAAGAUUUUUUAAAAUUUGAAGAAACUAGCGAUACAAAGAUGUUAGGUAUUCGUUGGAAUGCCAUGACGGAUCAAUUCUUUUACAAAGUUACCACGAUCUCUGUUCCCUCCACUCCUAUUACCAAACGGAAAAUAUUAUCCAUUGUAGCGAAGCUUUUCGAUCCAGCGGGCUGGUUGGCUCCGAUUAUCGUUAUGGCGAAGAUGCUAAUGCAACAGCUCUGGAUUGAUGGAACGGACUGGGACGAAGAAGUCAAACCACAUUCCUUGGAAAAGUGGGAAACAUUUAUAUCAAACUUCUCUCUAAUUGAAAACAUAAAAGUUCCUCGUUGGAUAAAUUUCUCCCCUGAAUGCGUACUGCGCAUGUAUCUACGUAUUGUCAAAAUAUCCAAACAAUCAUGCUUCGUCCUAUCUGCUAGUGUCAAAAAGCAAGGUAGCUCCUUUGAAAACUAUAAGCUUACCCAAGUUGGAGUUAUGUGGAGCUACAUUACUAUCUAA